AUGUGCUCCCGCCAGGACAAGGACCAGUGCCACCAGCAGGAACGGUCCUGCUGCCACAGCCACGGAUCUGGUUGCCAUGGGAGCAGUGGUGGAUCUGGUUGUCAUGGUAGCAGUGGCGGGUCUGGUUGCCAUGGGAGCAGUGGUGGAUCCGGUUGUCAUGGUAGCAGUGGCGGGUCUAGUUGCCGUGGAAGCAGUGGCGGGUCUGGUUGUCAAAGGAGCAGCGGAUCUGGUUGCCAUGGAAGCGGUGGAUCUGGUUGCCAUGGCAGCAGCGGUUCUGGUUGCCGUGGAAGCAGUGGCGGAUCUGGUUGCCAUGGCAGCGGCGGAUCUGGUUGCCGUGGAAGCAGUGGCGGAUCUGGUUGCCAUGGCAGCGGCGGAUCUGGUUGCCAUGGCAGCAGCGGGGGAUCCUGCCAUGGAAAGCCGCUGGAGUGCCAGCAGCAAAUCUACCAAGUGUCCUCAAACAUGAAGUGA